UCCAGUUUGGUCCGCUGCCACCGUUGGAGAUAUGCCUACUGCCCAGACUUACUUGCUGCGUCUUGAUUACGCUCAAUUGGUGACUUGUUGACUAUAAAUAUGCACAGUGGGCAUCAGGGGAGCCCCGGGGUGGACUAUAAACUUUGGUCAUGCCUUAAAAGCAGACAUUCUCCUCGCAUUUAGACAGCAAGGUGGUCUGAACAUCCUAUCUCAGUAAAGGUCAGAGGUCGUAGUUGGAAGCCUGAAGAUGCUUCUGUCUCCCAUCCGUUGUAUCAUCCUUCUUCUCCUUGUCAACUCUGUCUAUUCUGGACGAGUUCUGAGGAAGAUCAAGGAGCGCGUGCGUAAAAUCCAGUAUGAGAACGUAAAGAAGAAUGUGCUGAGGCGCGCCGUCAACGGGCAUAAUAAACCCAUGGGCGAAGUGAGAGGCGGGAAAAUUAACCAACCCCUGGACCAUUUCGACAGUCAAAACGAUGAAACCUUUCCUCAGAGGUUUUUUGUGAAUGAAGCCUAUUGGGAGCGUCCUCAUGGCCCAGUGUUCCUGUUCAUCGGAGGGGAGGGCCCCAUCUCUGAGUUCAAUGUGCUGGCAGGCCACCAUGUGGACAUGGCUGAGGAGCACGGGGCCCUGCUUGUGGCCCUGGAGCAUCGUUUCUAUGGCGAGAGCAUCAACAAAGAUGGCCUGGAGACUGAGAACCUGGGAGACCUGUCCAGCCAGCAGGCUCUCGCCGACAUCGCAGAAUUCCAUCAAUACAUCAGCGAUCGCUUUGACCUCUCCGACAAGAAUACCUGGAUCAGCUUUGGAGGUUCCUAUGCUGGGGCCUUGUCUGCCUGGCUCAGGGGAAAGUUCCCCCACCUGGUCUACGGUGCUGUGGCCUCCUCCGCUCCUGUCAAAGCCAAACUGGACUUCUCCACCUUCAACAAAGUGGUGGGUCUGAGUCUCGCGGACGAGGAUGUUGGAGGUUCAGAUAAGUGUAUAGGAGACAUCUGGGAGGCCUUUGCUGCCGUGGAGGCCGCCCUGUUUGCGGGGAACGGCACUGAGGUUGGGAAGGACUUCGGGUGCUGUGAGACCCCUGAGGAUCUGGAGGACCAGAUCGAGCUGAUGCAGAGCCUGGCCGACAUCGUCAUUGGAACCGUAGAGUACAACGAGGAGGGGGGCAUCCUGACUAUUGAGGAGCUCUGUGACAUCAUGAUCAAUGAGACAGAGACUUACGAUUCGGAGACUGAGGCCUACGACCGGCUGAUCAAACUGGUGCAGAUCUACCGGGCCACAGGCGAGGAGCCCUGUCUGGAUGCGUCCCACAAGCAGACCAUCAAGGACCUGAGUGACACCAAUCUGGACUCUGCCUACAAUGGAGAGAGACAGUGGUACUACCAGACCUGCACUGAGUUCGGCUUCUUCCAGACGUGUGAAGACGCCAGUUGUCCCUUCUCCCGCAUGCUGACCCUGCGGGCUCAGACUGACCUGUGUCUUGAGGUGUUCAACAUCCCCCAGCACAGUCUGCCCGGACACAUUGCCUUCACCAACAAGUACUAUGGAGGUGACCACCCCGACACUGACAGGGUGCUCUAUGUCAACGGUGUCAUUGACCCCUGGCACAUGCUCAGCAUCCUGGAAGAGGACUUGGACAGGGAGGACAAAGACAUGGCCAUCCUCAUCGAGGGCUCCGCCCACUGUGCUGACAUGAACCCCGGCGGCGCCGCAGACCGCCCCGCACUGAAGCAGGCCCGCAAGGCCAUUGAGAGGAAAGUUGCCAAGUGGCUGAAGGAAGCUGCCUGGAAGCUUAUGGGCUGAUAGACCCAAUGACAGGUCACCUGAUCAUCUGACCGUCCUGACCAUCACUCAGCCAACCAAACUGAGCUGAUCUGGUUGAACUGCUGUGGCCCCUCCUCCUCCUCCUUCUUCUGUAGCUCUGUGCUCAUAUAACACAGCUCUCUACCAUUACUAUAACCACAGCUAUGGCCCUACAGCAAAGCAUUAUAUAUAUACGUGUGUGUGUGUGUGUGUGUGUGUGUGUGUGUGUGUGUGUGUAUGUGUGUGUGUGUGUGUGUGUGUGUGUGUGUGUGUGUGUGUGUGUGUGUGCGUGUGCGUGUGCUUGUUUGUGUGUCAAACUUUGGGCAGUGAAUCACAUGGUGCUGUGGUCUGAGCCCCUCUCUUCAUGUUUCUUCCCAUGAUGAUCACAUGACCAUUGGGUCAGGUCCUCUAAGGUGGUGUUCUUCUAGUGUUUUUCUAAAGUUUUUCUAAAGUUUUUCUAGUGUUUUUCUAAAGUUUUUCUAGUGUUUUUCUUAAGUUUUUAUAGCGUGCUUGAAUUUACUCCAGUAAAUAAGUGUCAGAUUUAUAUUUUAAUAGACAGUUUUAGUAAAUUAGGGAAACACUUAUAAUGCUGUACACAGUAUUUAAGUUUCCUAACUACGUACUAGUAUAGCUAACCAGAGAGUCUCAGCAUAAGACGACUUUAACAUUAUGGAGUGUUGUAAGGUUUACAGCCUGUGCACACAUGCAUUUCCCUUUGUCUCAGACAUUAUCUGAAUUGAUGCUGGAUUGCUUUGUAGCUCGUGUGGAUCUUUUUAGGAGGAGUUAAGUUUGUUUCAUCCUGCGAGUUUGAAAAGUAUCAUCAAUAAAAGUUUGCUGAUAA